UGUCCUGUCCUAACUUACUGUAUAUGUAUAUAUAUAUCAAUUUAUUGAUAGACAGACAUCAAUCCAUUAAGAAAAAAUGGUUUAAGUGGUAAGGUAGUUGCAGAGCAGAGAAGUUGUUGUGCAUACCUUUCCUACUCAUACUCCAAACACAACACAUCGUUUCUUCCUCUCUCUCUCUCUCGACUUUAGGCUGGUCGAGUGAAAAUGGAAGGAGGACAAGUAGUAGAGAACAGGCAGGUGAUAUUCAAAGGGUAUAUAGAAGGCUCACCCAAAGAAACAGACAUGGAAGUCAGGGUUGGGAAUAAAAUUGAGCUCAUGCUACCAAAACCUUGCGGUGCUUUUUUGGUCAAGAAUCUCUAUCUUUCUUGUGAUCCUUACAUGAGAGGUCGCAUGCGUGAUUACCAUCACUCCUAUAUUCCUCCUUUUGUUCCUGGCCAGCCCAUACAAGGAUUUGGCAUUUCAAAGGUCGUCGCUUCUGAUAAUCCUGAUUUCAAGCCUGGGGAUUUUCUUUCCGGAUUCACCACUUGGGAAGAAUACAGCUUCAUUCCCUACAACUCUGACCAAUUGAGAUCAAUUCAGCUACAUGAUGAUAUUCCUCUAUCACUUCACCUCGGUCUUCUUGGCAUGCCAGGUCUUACUGCUUAUGCGGGAUUUUAUGAGGUCUGCUCCCCUAAGAAAGGAGAUUAUGUGUUCGUGUCUGCAGCUUCAGGAGCCGUGGGCCAGCUUGUUGGUCAAUUUGCAAAGCUACAUGGUUGCUAUGUAGUUGGAAGUGCCGGGACAAGCCAAAAAGUUGAUCUUCUAAAGAACAAGUUUGGUUUUGAUGAAGCUUUUAACUAUAAAGAAGAGCCCAACCUGGAUGCAGCUUUGAAAAGGUAUUUUCCAGAAGGCAUUGACAUCUAUUUUGAUAAUGUGGGUGGAGACAUGCUUGAUGCUGCAUUGCUCAACAUGAAGAUUCAUGGCAAGAUUGCAGUCUGUGGAAUGAUGUCUGUAAACAGUCUCUCUGCUACCCGAGGGAUUCACAAUUUGUUCAAUCUUAUAAGCAAAAGAAUUAGGAUGCAGGGAUUCCUUCAAAGUGAUUACUUGCAUUUGUAUCCACAAUUUUUGGAACAAGUUAGUAAUUAUUACAAGCAAGGGAAGAUUGUUUACAUUGAAGACAUGAAUGAGGGAUUGGAAAGUGCUCCAGCUGCUUUUGCUGGACUAUUUUCUGGUAAAAAUGUGGGUAAGCAAGUUAUUCGUGUAGCCUAUGAAUAAUUUUCUAGACAACCAUUGAAGCAAUCCUAAAGCUCCAGCUGAAAUCUAGAUGACAAAUCAUGAUGCACUUUUGUGCACCAUAACUUCAAUUAUCAUGGCUCUACUGAGUUUUUCUGACUUGAAGUUUCCUGGAAAUGUUAUAAGAAAUGCAUUAGUCUUUUUGUUGCUUAAGUGAAAA